AUGUCGAAAGCCGCUUCUGCGCGAGCAAAGUUCGCAGAACUCCGUGCUCUUCGAGAGUCUGGAAAGAAACGUCUCGAUACUUACGAAGUACAUCAGGGAGAAGAUUUAUAUGAAGAAGUUGACGAAGAAGGGUACAAGAAGGUCGUGAGAAAUCGUUUAGAUCAAGAUGAUUUCGUCAUCGACGACAAUGGCGAAGGUUACGCAGAUGAUGGCCGUGAGGAUUGGGAUAGAGAUAACAGACAAGGCUACGGAACUGAAAGUGAAGAGGAGCUUCCCACGAGGAGCAAGAAUGGAAAAGCUGCAAAGAGGAAACGUGAGGAAGAAAAGGCCAAAAAGGAAAACAUGGAAAAAGGCAUUAGCAACUAUUUUACCAAAGGACCUGCAGCUGCUCAACAAAAGCCCAAGCCUGUCAAAACGAAGGAAGAUGAUGACUUCUUAGAGGGACUUUUAGGACAGGUAGAUACCAAUGUUCCUCGACCAAAAGCCCAGCCUUCAAGAGCCAGUAGGACGCAGGAAAAGAGGAGGACGAGAGCUCUAUCUCCAUCGCUAAACGAAUCUCGGCAUACGUCAAAAAGAACAAAGGUAGCGGAUAGUCGAUCCGCCAAUACUACGGCUGCGCCAUCUAGCCCUCCUGUCUACAUGGGCGAAGAUGAUGCUUUUAUGGCAGGAAUUGACGACGAUGAUAUGCCCAUGGACGAACCGCAGCCCUCAUCCCCCGUGGCGAAAGCCGUUGAGAGGAGACUCCAUAUCAGUGUUAAGGAAGAGGAAGAGGAUGAAGACAUGAUGGAGGUCGCCCAAGCAGAUGGUAUCACAGCUAGCAGCGUCAAUAUUUCCGGGACCAGGCCUCCGCCCAAGCUGAAAAAGGAGCUAUACCCAACACCCACGACUUCAUCUCCACCUCGUGGUCCAAUUGACGAAGUGGAUGCAUCGUCUUGGAACGAUGUUACGCAACGAUUGAAUGUUAUGAACAGUAGCCAACCUACAGAAACAACGUCCUUUGGAAAACUCGACUAUAAUGACGCAAUUGAAGAAGAUGGAAGCCUUCACAUGUUCUGGACUGAUUAUACUGAGAUGCAUGGCAAUCUGUGUCUAUUUGGUAAGGUUAAGAAUAAGAAGACAGGCACUUUUGUUAGUUGUUUUGUAAAAGUCGAUAACGUUUUGAGGAAGCUCUUCUUUCUUCCACGACAAUACCGUCAACGCAACGGUCGGGACACAACUGAUGAGGUGGAGAUGAAGUAUGUCUACGAAGAGGUUGAUAGCAUGAUGACCAAAAUGAAAGUUGGGAUGCACAAAAUCAAGCCUUGCACUAGGAAAUAUGCCUUUGAACUACCUGAAAUACCAAAGGAAGGAGAAUAUCUGAAGUUACUAUAUCCCUACUCAAAUAAUGCAUUAAAUGCAGACCAGCAAACUGGCUCAACCUUUUCUCAUGUGUUUGGAGCAAAUACUCCACUCUUUGAACAAUUCGUUCUCUGGAAGAACAUUAUGGGUCCAUGUUGGUUGAAAAUUGAAGAUGCAGACUUUGGGGCUCUCAAAAACGCUUCUCACUGCAAAUUAGAAGUUCAGGUUACAAAACCAAACCUCAUUACUCCCAUCAGCGAGUCCGAUAAUCUCGAAGCGCCGCCAUUGACUCUGAUGAGCAUUGCGAUGCGCACUAUUUUCAAUGUCAAAGAAAACAAACAAGAAGUUCUCGCAAUCAGUGCACGCAUUUAUCAAAAUAUUUCGCUAAGCGAUACCACUCCACCUGAAAAAUUGCCUUGUCAAACUUUUACUGUCGUGCGACCAAAUGGAUCACAUUUUCCCAUCGGAUUCGAGGGAGUUGUUAAACAGCGUUCGAUAGGGCUUGUCAAGCUAGUUAAGCAGGAGAAUGAGAUUUUGAGCUACUUCCUUGCUCGUUUGGAUUCAGUUGAUCCAGAUGUUCUCGUUGGCCAUCAAUUAGAAGGCGUUGAUUUUAGCAUUCUACUAAGCCGAUUUCAAGCCAGAAAGACUCCACAAUGGUCACGAAUCGGUCGAACGAGACGUACCCAAUGGCCAAGCUCCAUGGGGAAGAUGGGCGGAAAUUUCUUUGCAGAACGUACGCUAAUGUCAGGUCGUUUAAUGUGUGACUUGGCCAAUGACAUGGGAAAAUCAACUAUGACGAAAUGUACAUCUUGGACCCUUACAGAGAUGUGCAGCCUUUAUCUGUCAGGUACCAAUCGUCGAGAAAUCGACAACGAGGCUGCAUUGAAGACAUGGGCUACUAAUAAGGAUGGCCUAAUGGACUAUAUUAGUCAUUGCGAAGCAGACACGUACUUCAUUGCAGCUCUUGCCUUGAAAGUUCAAAUGCUUCCUUUAACCAAAGUUCUCACUAAUUUGGCUGGAAACUCUUGGGCAAGAACACUUACUGGUACUCGAGCUGAACGCAAUGAAUACAUUCUGUUACAUGAAUUCCAUCGCAAUAAGUAUAUUUGUCCAGACAAAGCUGUUUUCAAGGGUAAACAAGUCGAGGAAGAGAAUGCCGACGAAGAAAGUGGAGAUGUGAAGAAGAAGGACAAGUACAAGGGAGGUCUAGUAUUUGAGCCUGAGAAAGGUCUGUACGAUAAAUUCGUGCUUGUCAUGGAUUUCAACUCCCUGUACCCCAGUAUUAUCCAGGAAUAUAAUAUUUGCUUUACUACUGUUGACAGAUUGAAUUUGUCCAAUGACGAAGACCGGGUUCCAGAGGUGCCAAAAGAUCAGGAUCAAGGUAUCUUGCCUAAACUUAUUGCCACACUUGUCAGUCGACGUCGACAAGUCAAGAGUCUUAUGAAAGACAAGCAUGCAACCUCGGAGCAAUUGGCAACUUGGGAUAUUAAACAAUUGGCAUUGAAGCUUACUGCUAACUCUAUGUACGGUUGUUUGGGUUACACCAAAUCUAGAUUUUAUGCUCGACCACUUGCAGUUCUCACGACAUACAAGGGUCGUGAGAUUCUUCGAAGUACCAAAGACUUGGCCGAGAGCAAAUCUUUACAAGUUAUCUAUGGUGAUACAGAUUCCGUCAUGAUCAAUGCCAACGUGGAUAAUAUCCAAGAUGCUCUUACAGUUGGAAACGACUUCAAAAAGUCUGUCAACGAUAUGUACAGGCUAUUAGAAAUCGAUAUCGACAAUGUGUUUAGACGUAUUUUACUUCAAGCUAAGAAGAAAUAUGCUGCCAUUAACCUUGUACAAGUUGAUGGAAAGUUCAUUGACAAAAUGGAAGUCAAGGGUUUGGAUAUGAAGCGUCGUGAAUACUGCAACUUGUCUAAGGAAGUUUCAUCUCAGCUCUUGAAUGAAAUUCUGUCUGGUGAUGAUUCCGAGGCUGUUAUCACCCGAAUUCACGAUUACUUGCGAGAAAUCUCAACAAAAAUGAGGGAAGGAAAUGUGCCUGUUCAAAAGUAUACAAUCUAUACGAAACUUGGAAAAGCGCCCAAAGAUUAUCCCAAUGCCGAUAAUAUGCCUCAAGUUCAAGUUGCUCUACGGGAAUUAGCCAAGGGGAAACAGGUCCGAAAAGAUGAUGUUAUCGCCUACAUCGUAACGGGAGAAGGAAAAACAUCUGAGAAUGCCGCUAAACGCUCGUUCACACCUCAAGAUGUAAUGAAGCGCGAUUCAGGUCUCAAGCCAGACGUUGAAUGGUAUCUUUACAAACAAAUUUUCCCACCCGUUGAGAGAUUGUGCGCAAACAUCUCAGGUACCGAUACAGUACGUCUGGCUGAUUGUCUCGGACUUGAUGCACGCAAAUAUAGCAUCAAUAACAACAACUCGGCAGGCAGUAAUGAAGCAGAAAUCCAUCCCCUCGAAAGUCAAAUUGACGAUUCUGUUCGGUUCAAGGAUUCAACUCGUCUCUCUCUCCGCUGUCGAUCAUGUAAAGCUAUGUUCGGAUUCGAAGGCAUACUCAAUAGUACGGAAAAUUGUUCCCCAUCCGGUAUCAUCUGUCGCUGUGGCACCACUCUCUCGUCUCUUUCCAUCAUGACACAACUCGAACAUCAAAUUCGUCAAGAAACAUGUAAAUAUUAUGAAGGCUGGCUCGUGUGCGAUGAUCAAGCAUGUGGUAAUCGUACCAGACAAAUGAGUGUUUAUGGUCAUAGAUGCUUGGGACCAAAGGGGUUGGCUCAAGGAUGUUUGGGCAAGAUGCGAUAUGAAUACACUGAGAAAAUGAUGUACAAUCAAUUGCUCUACUUUUCUAGUUUAUUUGAUGUGGAUAAGGCGAAGAGUAAUGCCAGGGGUACGGAGAAAGAACUCGUUUCAGCAUUAGCGGAACAUAACCGAGUCAGAUUUGGUACGCUAAAAGGCGUAGUGGAGAGAUAUCUGGAUAAGUGUGGUAGGCAGUGGGUUGCGAUGGAUAGUUUAUUUGGCAAGUUAGGUUUUUCGGCUAUGUGA